UAGUCAGGAUCGAGCGCCACCGCUUAGCAAUUCCAGUCCGCGCAUUCAGCUAUUCGCGGCGUUGUUUUGACGUGGAUGAUAUUAGUCAAACAAGUACAUGGAUUGAAAUCUUUUGAAAAGAUAGGCGAUUUUUGUUACGGUCACCGAACGGCGCCUCAGGAUGAGAAAGGUUAUCAAGGUUACUACUCGUCUUCUCAGCAUAAUUCUCGCAAUGAAAAUAGCAGUGUAAACAUAAUUAAUUUGGACAUUUCGCAUGUGUGGAUUUUUCUAACCGGCUAGAAAACUGAGUUUGAUCUCUGAGCUCGCAAAUAUUUACCUUCGGCGCGACGGCUCGUCCGAAAGUGUCAACAAACUGCCCGAAAUACGGACCAGCGUGAUCAUUUUCCUAUAUUGUUUUUGUUUUUCGCUGCUCUUCCUCUUCUUUUUUUUUGUGGAAAUGUAACUACGUGACGCUAACGAUGUGCUCCAUCCGGGCCUAUUCCAUGGGUGGAGAAAAUCACCGAUUGAAUUAAUCUGUCACAGCUGUGUGGUGCACGAUGUUUUGAUUCACAACAACAAAAGCAACGGUUUCGAGCGGUUCACUGAAAUUUUCCGUGUGGAAAAAGCCGCCGAAAAAAUCACUCUUUCACGUGAAUAACCAACAUCAAAAUAUUGUGACUCAUACAUGCGUUAUCUAUCCCUGAGGCAACCACGGCUAAUAGUAGUGGGAUGGAAACUGCCAUGAACCCAACAAAAUACAAAUACGGAAACUAUAUCAUCGCAAUUCGUGUGAUUCCGGUUCGGGCGCCAAGUGUUUCUGUACGUCGACUUCCUUCUACUGCUUUCAUGUGAGACGUUUUUCGGUUUUGAAUUGGAAGUUGAUUACCAAGAUUCGGGUGAUUAACAAUGGCGCAGUUAAGCACUCGACCACGGGAGCCACCGAAUGACGUUGCCGAACACUGUAAUCACUAAUAACCAAAAGUAUUAAUGGUUGAUAAGCUGCCGGGCGCCAAAUAAUAAUAUUCGCAUACACACACACGUAUCAAUCGACACCGAAGGUGCGUAUUGCUUCGGACAUGGUCCACCAUGCGGUCCAACAGAAAAAUUCGGCUGCGUCACAAUAGAGGUGAUAAGAGUUGGGUGUUGUAUAUACAUAACAAAAAGGAAGAGCAAAACAAAACGGAUGCUGCUGGUUUCGGCCGGUUUUUUUCUCAAGAUAAUUCCUCAAUCGAAUUCCCUCGAUAACACAGCCGUAAUCUAUGAGUUAACAAAAAGCAGAGUGUACGAUCAGUGUCGAUCGCAACUUUGAAGCAGAAGGAUCAUACCAAUCCAGCAAUAAAACAGUGAAACAGAACAGUGAGUUCGCUCAGAGUGAAGCCUAUUAGAUCUUCAACAGUUUUUAUUCGGCAAAUGCAUAUCAAGUGCUCUUGGAUAAGGGAUCAAACAAGACGAGUUACUGUGCGGUUCUACUUGGUCGUUGUUCUAGACAAGGGAUAAAUCCAUAAGAUGACACCCAAUCCGAACAACCUGGAAGCGGCUCCUCUGCUGGAUGAAAACGACAACAAACAGAGAGAGAAGCCGUCGCCGUUGCAAGUAACAUUCAAUCCAACGAAACAAUUCUACGGCUCGACGAAUCAAUGGAACAAAAUACUCCGCUACGAUCCACUUCAACACCGAAAGUUGGACCAUCCGACCACCAACAUAGACACACUCCUGCACAUGUUGAACGGAAAUCUCGGAACCGGCAUCCUUGCUAUGCCGGACGCCUUCAAGAAUGCAGGACUCUACGUGGGGUUCUUCGGCACCAUGAUUAUGGGAGUCAUUUGUACCCAUAGUAUGCAUAUUUUAGUCAAAUGUUCCCAUGAACUGUGCCGACGAUAUGAGAUGCCGUCGAUGUCUUUCUCGGAAGUAGGCCAGUACGCACUAGAAUCCGGAUCUAGCUCUCUGCAUCGGUUCAGCCGCCUGAUUGGCGUACUUAUCAACUGCUUCCUCAUCCUGAUGCAGGUUGGCUUCUGCUGUGUGUAUUUCCUCUUCGUGGCGGUCAAUUUGUGCGACUUUCUGGAGUAUGUCGAAAUUAAAGUCGAGGUGUUCACCAUUUUACUGUGCCUGUUGAUUCCUCUCAUUGCGAUGAACAUGAUCAGAAGCCUCAAAUAUCUGACACCGACAUCGCUGGUGGCAUCCGCGCUGGCUGUAUCGGGAAUUACGAUUGCCUUCAUGUUUUUGCUCCAGGAUCUUCCCCACAGCACAUCGGUCGCACCAGUGUCCGAAUGGAGCACUAUGCCGCUUUAUUUCGGGACCGCAAUGUAUGCCUUCGAAGGCAUUGGCGUGAUCUUGCCAUUGGAGAACAAUAUGAAGACGCCAAGAGAUUUUCGCCGGUGGAACGGAGUAUUGAAUACGGGAAUGACGAUAGUGGUUUGUUUGUAUUCGGCCGUCGGGUUCUAUGGGUAUCUCAAGUAUGGCGAGGAGGCCCAAGGUAGCAUCACUUUGAAUCUUCCAAAUCAUGAGUUUUUGGCACAGCUUGUACGUCUACUGAUGGCAAUCGCCGUCUUCGCAUCCUACGCGCUUCAGUUCUAUGUUCCAAUGACCAUCAUAGGACCCCCGGUUCGACGCUGGUUCGGCUCCAGUGACGCACAGGAUUGGGCUGAAUACGCUCUGCGAAUCGCCCUUAUUCUGUUCACAUUCACAUUGGCCGCAAUCAUUCCCAAUCUUGGGGCGUUCAUUUCGCUGGUCGGCGCCGUUAGUACCUCCAUGUUGGCGCUGGUCUUCCCACCUUUGAUCGAAAUCGCCACCUACUGGCCGAACCGGCAGUACGGCACGUGGAAUUGGAUUCUCUGGAAGGAUAUCGUGAUCACGUUCUUCGGGCUGGGUGGGUUCUUCAUCGGAACCAGCACCAGUGUGACGCACAUCAUUACCGAGUGGAAGUGAACGGAAAUUAAUUUUUCCCGAAAUUAUUUUCUUGUACAAAGUAUCGAUUGAGGUUCCGCUAGUAGGGCAACUCCCAGAAUUGCCAGUUCCGGAACGGCGAAUUUGUGAUAUUGUAAUUUAUUCCUAACUUUAUGUAGUGAACUAAGUGUAUUAC